AUGGUUUUAUAUUGUAAACAGACUAUAAAUAUCCAAAUCUUUGUAAACUCAAUCAGUUAUUGCAACAUGGCUAUAGCCCCACAAAAGAUGUACGAAAGCCAGAGAGAGUCUUUUAAGAAGAAACGUGACUACCAAUCCCAACAAGAAGCAGUUUUACUUGCUAUUAUAAACACAUUUACACCAUGUACCUUACUUUCCCCAGCAAAGAGAAAUUGCAGGAGCACUUCCUUCAUCCCAAUUAAAAAAAUUUCACUUGAUAAAGAUGAGAUCGACUUCGACACUUUUCUUCGUUCACGGCUCGACGAUUUCUUUGAAGACGACAUACAGCGUGGGGUCUCCUAUCAAACUGCAGUGAGAAGGAAAAAGGCUAAUAUUCAAGCAGAGACUCUCAACUUUUUAGUCGACCUCAUUGAGCACAAAGGGUUUCUUGUUGAAUCGAAAACAACAACAGGGAACAAAGGGAUAUUAAAGGAGACAAUGAGGCUUAUAACAGGAAACGGGCUUUAUUUAAGUAAAGAAGAUAUUGCAGUCAAGGGUGCUCUUCUAAAUAAACACUUUCUUAAUCUAUUGCAGAACAAAAGAGACUUUGUUCUCAAUGUUCAUGACAAAGAGGUAUCUUCUAUACUAGGCUUGUAA